AUGGCCAACUAUCUCGCCUCCAUCUUCGGUACAGAGCAGGACAAGGUCAACUGCUCCUUCUACUACAAAAUCGGAGCUUGCAGACAUGGCGACCGCUGCUCUCGAAAGCACGUUAAGCCGUCAUACUCUCAGACGAUCCUGAUGCCGAACAUGUACCAGAAUCCCGCGUACGACCCGAAGAGCAAGAUGAACCCCAGUCAGCUACAGAACCACUUUGAUGCUUUCUACGAGGAUGUGUGGUGCGAGAUGUGCAAGUACGGCGAGUUGGAGGAAUUGGUUGUCUGCGAUAACAACAAUGACCACCUCAUUGGAAACGUCUACGCGCGCUUCAAAUACGAAGAAGAUGCCCAGGCCGCCUGCGACGCUUUGAAUUCACGGUGGUACGCGGCACGACCUAUAUAUUGUGAAUUAUCACCGGUUACAGAUUUUCGAGAAGCUUGUUGUCGGUUAAAUAGCGGCGAGGGGUGUGUACGUGGUGGAUUCUGCAACUUCAUUCAUCGGAAGGACCCCAGCAAUGAAUUGGAUCGGGAUCUUCGUCUCAGUACGAAGAAGUGGCUGAAGGAGCGUGGCAGGGAUGCGAGAAGUGUCAGCCGCAGUCCUAGUCCGGAGCCGACCCGGAGGAGGUACUAG